UUAAGCCCGCAUUUUUGAGAGGGAGGUCCCUCCGAAGCAUAUACAAACACUCAGUCAAGCAUCCACACUCAGCCUCACACACUGCACUAGUAGCCAGCGGAGAACUCACCUAUUCCUUCACACAGAACAGGAAGUUGAAGUGACCUGACAUCAAGAUGGCAACAAAGGGAGUCGGCAUGGCUAACAAAGGUCCAUCCUUCGGCCUGAGCCGGCAGGUUCAGGAUAAGAUCGACAGCAAGUACGACCCCGAGCUGGAGCAGAUCCUGGUGGAGUGGAUCAGCCGUCAGUGUGGAUCUGGUGCGGGAAAGCCAGAGCCAGGCAAAAUGGGCUUCCAGGCCUGGCUUAAAGACGGAUGUGUUCUGAGUGAGCUGAUCAACAGUCUGUUUGCCGGAGAUAAACCUGUGAAGAAGAUCCAGAGCUCACCCAUGGCCUUCAAACAGAUGGAGCAGAUCUCCCAGUUCCUCAACGCUGCUGAGAAGUAUGGCGUCACCAAGACUGACAUGUUCCAGACUGUGGACCUUUGGGAAGGUAAAGACCUGGCGGCAGUGCAGAGGACCCUGUCAGCUCUGGGAAGCUUGGCCGUCACUAAGGAUGAAGGCACAUACAAUGGAGACCCUAACUGGUUCUUCAAGAAAGCCCAGGAGAACAAGCGAGACUUCAGCGAUGACCAGCUGAAGGCGGGCAAAAACGUGAUUGGCCUACAGAUGGGGUCCAAUAAGGGAGCCAGUCAGGAGGGCAUGAGCUACGGAAGGCCCCGACAGAUCCUGUAAAAUCUACCCAAAACCUCCUCAGCCCCUUACACCUUCUUAGAGCCUGUAAACCUCUAACCAGUCCACUACAACUCCCCUUUCAUCAUACAACAUUUUCUGCUUUAGAAAUUAGUUACUUUCUAACAAGUACCCCUUACUUCUUGGUCUUGACACUUGCCCCCGAGCCCGUUAUGUAUAUGCUUGCACUGGUGAUCAUCACAGAGCUCACCAUGCUUAGUCCUUCUCACUGCAGUUAGGACCACUACAUCUGAAUGUUUGUAGUCUUAAGCGGAAAUUGUAACCAUAAAAAUGAUCAAUGCAUUGCCUUGGAGGUAAAAACAAGAUGACAAUGUGCCAAAAGUUGAGCUGUUCAUACCUAAUAUGAAACAGCAAUGAUAUUACAGAUAACUGACCACUGUCUCAUCUCUGAUACAUAAGAAAUGUCAUGUUUCCUAGAUUUUAGAAACACUAAUUUUGGAUUCUGACACAAAUACCAAUGUGUUUACGCAACUUACAGAGGGGAUAUUCUUUCCAAAUUGUGUUACAACCCGUAGCGUACCAGUGCUUCAUAUAAUUUACAAUAUUGUUCCAUGUUCAUUGUUCUUACCUACCACUCCCCACAAUGCUACGCCUGCUGUAUCAGCACCAAUAUUUUUGUACAUUGUCUUAUUAAAUAAUGACUUUGAAAUACA